GUCCCUGCAGCCGCGGCGCCCCCCGCGCGGAGCCGUGUCCGCAGGAUCCCUCCGUGCUGCUCGGCGCCCGGCGCGGCCUGCACCGAAGCUCGGCCCCGGCUAUGGGCUGCUGCUGCACGGGGCUGCGGGCGCAGUGGGACGCCGUCCUCCGGCCCCGGUGUGCUGGGGAGAUCGCUGCGAAUUUUGUUUUCGUCUGGUUAGAGAGAGCUGCAACAGAACUGUAUUUAUUGUGGUCAUUUGCUGCAAGCAUGAAUUGGCUUGAUUGUUAUUGUUUUUUUCACCUGUUCGCAGAGGUUUCUGCGCAGCUGGCAGUGAUCAGCACGUGGUGUCUCUUUGCUGUCCCGGCCAGGACGGGAUGCUGAGCUGCCCGUGCUCUGUUUGCUCCCGUCCCUCAUUCCCAGCACUCGGCAUCUCUCUGUGGUGUCCAUGAAGGGUCUCAGGGACGCUCUUGAGCUUCACCCCCUCCCAUGUGUCCUCAGAGCCAGCACAGUCGCAGCUGGGUUGUGAUAUGUAGGGUCCUAGGAGGCGUUUGCUGCAUGGGCCAACAGCCGUGUGCCUCCAUCCUGCGUUUCACUGGCAUUGCUGUGCCCAGCUUUGUGGUUCAUUGUUGUUCCUGUCCAAGGUCGCCUAACCCAUGCAAUGUUCUGGGAUAAAACCUCAGUUUGAGUUCGUGAAGGUCUGAAGAUGAAUACAAAACAUUCUGGUUCGUGUCAUCUGCUCUUCUAAGUGAGUCCCAGGCUUCAGGCCUUGCAGCCCCCAGGUGCAGAGUUGGAAAUAAGUGACCCGAGUGUCACUGACACCCUUGGGGAAGGUCAUCUGUGUGUGGAAAUCUAUUUUGGUUUGCAAUAGGAUACCUCACAAAUGGGUGUCCCUGGUUAGAACUGCUGCACAGUAAGCCAAGAUCUCAGUUUUGCUCACCAUGCUGCAGUUUUGAUCACCAUGUGAUCAAAGUGAUGGAGCAGGACCCACCUGUGCGGACAAGUUGGGCCUGUGACCCUCCAUACCGGAGGGAUGCAAAGCUGUUAGUCCAGAGGAGGGCCACAGAGAUGAUAGAAGCGCUGGAGCACCUCUCCUAUGAAGAUGGGUUGAGGGAACUGAGCUUGUUUAGCUUUGAGAAGAGAAGGUUCCAGGGGGGCCUCAUUGUUGUCUCUCUUCAUUGAAGGGAGCUUGCAAGCAGGAGGAGGACCAACUUUUUACACAGUCUGAUUGUAUCAUCAUAGUCUCGUGCGGGUUGGAAGGGACCUUAGAGAUCAUCGAGUCCAGCCCCCAGGAUUCGAGCCUCCUGUGUAGUAGAGCGGCACUUCUCCUGUGUAGUAGAGCGGCACUUCUACCACUUGUGCCACAGGGGGGAUUCAAACUCCGGGCCCCAGUGUUGCAAGGCGGCGUCCUUAACCACUGCGCCACUGGGGCACACAUUGUGAUAGGACAGGGGGAAUUGGCCUUGAACUAAAAUAAGGAAGGUUUAGGUUUGGUGUUAGGAAGAAAUGUUUUUACUCAGUGAGGCUCUGGAGCAGGUUGCUCAGAAAGGUAAUAGAUGCCCCAACUCUGGGGGCGCUCGAGGCCAAGGUGGAUGGGACCCUGUACAGUCUGAUGUGGUAGUUGGCAACCCUGCCCGUGGCAGGAGGGUUAGAACUAGAACACCACUCCAAGUAGACUGUGAAACCAGCAGGAAAGUGUUCUGGAGAUCAUCAGAGAUGAACAAGCAAGGAAACAGUUGAGAGAGAGCACAAAGUGGAUGCAGAGGGACAACUCAGGGGCUGUGGCACAGUGAGGCCUGACUCCAGGCAUGGGCUGUGCUGGGGGCUUCCUGUAUUACAUAGUGCUGUGCCUGCAGGUCGUGGCCUCCAGCCUGUGGCUGUGGGACUGGGCAAAAAGCCACCACUGCUGAAUGCUGCAGUUUUUGUUCUGUGGCUGGAGUGGAGCAUCCUUGUGCACAGACUGCAGGGCUCUGGGCUGACUGUCCCAUGUAGAGACUGCCUGAUGUGGGCAGCCAGUGCAGCCAUGGUGUCAGGGUUGAAGAUUUGCUGCUGAGGGACUGGGGCUGGUUUUGCUGCUUUCAGGAAGGUCAGCUUCUGAUAUUCCUGAGUGGGAAUCUCUGUGUGCCCAGGGCCAGUACUGCACUGAGCGAGUGGGGCUGAGCUGGGCCUCUUCCUGCCCAGGGCUGUGUCCGGCUUCCCCAGGCUGGGAGCAGGAAGUGCCCUGCUGCUGGGAAUGGCCUCCAGGGAAUGUGCUUCCAGCAGUGUGAAAAAUGCUGUGAUUGUUGGGCUGUUCCCAAAUUCACCCUGCAGGGGGGUGGUCGGGCUCUGGGGAGAACAGGGGCAUCCUUGGUCAUGGGCUGAGUCCUCAGGCACUGCCACACUGUGGGCAGGUCAGUGCUCUGGUGUUUGAAGAGAACUUCCCUAAAACAACAAGCUGUCUAAUGGAUGUAUUUAUAGAAUCUUGUUCCUUAAUUUAAUCUGCUCUCACUGUUUGUUUUUUAUUUUUAAGUUCAAAGGUGUGAUAGCAGAGAAACUAAACUUUGCAGGUGCCUGAGGGGGAGUUGAAAUGUAACUCAUGGUCUUCAUCAGCCCAGAGCUCUGCUCUGACCUCUUCUAACUUCAGAAAAACAUUAACUGAGCACACAGGCUCGUUCCUGCUGCUCUGCAUCAACUCCAGCUGCAUCUCAGCGCACCACGGCACCGUGUUGGUUCAUACUGGGUACUGUGAAGUGUAUACCCUGGUCCUGCUGGCACCAGCACUCACCUCUGCCUUUUUAGAAGCAGAUCAGUCCACAAUGCCUGAAGUGCGAGAUCUCUCUGAUGCCUUGCCUGAUGUGCCAAUGGAUCCCAUCACAGGGGUUGGUGUGGUUGCAUCCCGGAGCCGUGCACCGACAGGCUAUGAUGUAGUUGCACAAACAGCAGAUGGCCUGGAUGCUGACCUCUGGAAGGAUGGCCUGUUUAAAUCCAAGGUCACACGAUACCUGUGCUUCACAAGAUCAUUUUCAAAAGAAAAUAGUCACUUAGGAAAUGUCUUGGUUGACAUGAAGCUCAUUGACAUCAAGGACACUUUACCUGUGGGCUUCAUCCCCAUUCAAGAGACUGUUGACACACAAGAAGUAGCUUUCAGAAAGAAGCGGCUGUGCAUUAAAUUUAUCCCUCGAGAUUCUACAGAGGCAGCCAUCUGUGAUAUCCGAAUCCUGGGGAGAUCCAAGCAAGCCCCUCCUCAGUACACGUUCAUAGGGGAGUUGAACAACAUGGGCAUUUGGUACCGGAUGGGCAGAGUUCCCCGCAACCAUGAACCUUCACAGCCUGCUGCUCCUUCCCAAGCUUCAUCUCCAACACCAGCUCCCAACCUGCCAAAGCAUAUCUCACUGACACUUCCUGCGAGCUUCCGAGGCAAAAGUCACAGCAGCCGCCUGGACUUGGAGCACCAGCACUCAAACCUGUACGCCAUAUCAGCCAUGGAUGGAGUGCCUUUCAUGAUCUCAGAGAAGUUUGCCUGUGCUCCUGAAGGGAUGCAGCCAGUUGAUCUCCUGGGCAUCACAAUCAAAACCCUUGCAGAAAUCGAAAAGGAGUACGACUACAGCUUCAGGACGGAGCAGAGCGCGGCCGCCCGCCUGCCGCCCAGCCCCACGCGUUGCCCACCCGUCCCACCGUCCUGAGGGGCCACCGGCGCCGGAGCGGCCAUACGCGCGUACUACUGAGCGGGACGCGGUGCCGGGCCCCGCUGCUCCGGCCUCACCCCGCCCCGCACCACUUCCGUGUGCCCCGCACCACUUCCGUGUGCCCCGCUCCGCCCGUCGGACCUCGCAGCCCUUCGGCCGCUGCCGCAGAUGCGUGUCCACGUGAGUAUGACCGCCCGGCAGCCCCUGGUUGCCCCUAUUCCCAUAUCCCCUGCUGUAGGACGGUCACAAAGCAGCCAACUGUAGCAAAGCGCUGUGCACCGCCAACGGUGAGCUCACAGACAGACGAUCGGGAACGCUGGGCAGCGAGCCCUGAGAAAGAAGAUUCAGCCGUCAGCAGUGGAGCCCAGGCUGUACAGCCAGGCCCAGCCCUCAUGUCCCACCCCUCCUAUGGUGCUUGGUGGUGGCACUGCCCAGAUCCGAGUGACCGGCAGCUCCACCGCCAUCAGCCCAGGCUCAGCUCUUUGUUUUAGCCAUGGGCACGUGGAGCCAGGGUCUCUCACUCAGGCCUACAUUGGGCCGCUCCCCAGCAGCUGGUAAAUGGAGGUAGCACAGAGCACGGGCUGUGCUGGGAUUCCUCUGCUAUGCACAGGGACCUCGAGUGACAAACAUCCUGGCUGCCCUGGGCUUGAUGCUGACUGUGAGCUGUGCUGAGCCAUGCCCUGCUGACAGCUGGAUGCUGCUGCCCGCCUGUGGCGUGGAGCAGGUCUCUCAUUUUCGCCUCAUGGCUGCUAAAACAAGAGGCGUGCCCGUUCCCUUCGGCACUCUAGAGGGAAGCACUGAACUCUGGCGUAGCAUAGGCUGAGAGCUGGUGCAUAAAGCCCUGACCUCAGCCUCCUUGUGAGCUCGCUCCAGAGCUGAAUGCAUGUCUUGGAAAAGUCUGUUGCUGUAAUAAGUUAUUGAGAAAUGCCUAUCUGACUCUGCUGCUUUUUUUGAGUUUCUGCUGUAGAACAAAGCUACAUCAUGGCAGCGAAAUGGCAAUUUUAAAGUAAGUGUUAAAACGAACAACUUUUUGUAUUGUAAAAUAAUGGUUACCUAACCCCAUUGAAAUGCAAUUGCCAUAGUAACAAAUAACAGUAUUGCCGCGCUCUGUCUGGGUCAAGUGUAUGCGCUGACCUGCUUUGCACUGCUUUUGAUGGAUCUUGUAUUUUCUAGUCGGAUGGAAUGGUGACUAACGGUAGGUUUUGUACUGUCAGCUUGUAUUUUUUAUUUGUACAUAUGUAAAGUAUUCCUUGUCCAAAGACUCAUUUCUGGUUUUAAGGCACCAUAUCGUAUUUCUGGGAUAAUGAGCACAAAAUACCUUAACAUUCAGGAUAGUCUGAUUCCAGUUUGUCAACUUCUUCCAAUCAGGUAAUCAUUUUCUAAAACUGCCUCUGUAAAGCAAGGCUGUGUGAUUUGAAAGCACAGGCAGAUUCAGUUGCAGGUGUGUCAUAAUUUUGUCAAAAGAAUUAAAGCUAUUUCAUUUGCAUCAGCUCUGGAGGUUUGAGUGACCCCCUGGAAGUGCUCAUUUACUUGAAGGUUGCAGUACCAUUUGUAGUUCUUAUUUAUCCUGCAGGAAAGCAAAGCCAGACCUCACUGCCAAGCUUCACAAAGGCUAGAUUGAUGAUGCCGACAUCGACAAAUGAACACACCAUGGCAGCCUGGUCAUUUGGCUCAGGUUCACUUGAAGUUCAAAUCCACUCUAUGCAGUAGUAGUAUGCCCAUAUCAUCCAUCUUUUGUCGUUCUGUGUUUCUGCUUGUAAUUUGUCCUGUAGUUUUCUGUGGCAUCCAUUCAUAGCUUCUCUUGUAGUACAGUGGAUGCUGCAGGUAGGUGGAAGCUGGCUGCGGUGGUACAUUCCUCAUCACAUUGGGACAGCAGAGCUAUAGAUAGCCAGCGUUCCCCAUUGCUGAUGGCAGAGGAGCGAGGGCUGCAGAGACAGCGCCAAGCUUGAGGGUCAGCUUUUGCUCCCAGGAGAUGGGGGCAUAUCUGGAGGAAUAUCUGGUCCCACCACCUCUCCACAUGCCAAAGGCAGUGCCAACCACACAGUGGUGAGGAGUGGCUUUGGGCACUGCCAGGCUCUGAUCCAGGGCAUCUCUCCUUGGGGAUGCCUUGAGGAAACAGGCAUUGAGUCUCUUCCUGUGAGAUGUAGCUUAGAGCAGGUAACACUUGUGCUUUUGUAUAGCUUAGCCUUCUUCAAGUAGUAGGUUCAGCUUUCUCCUCAGUAACCUACAAGAAACACUGGAUGGCUCAAAAUGCUGACAGGACAGGCAGCUGGCACAAGCAUCUAAGAAAUCUUCCAGAUGUAUUUGUAUAGUUGGUUCUCCUCUCUUCUCUUACACUAGCAAAUCUACUUCCGGGAUGCAUCUGCAAAUAAAUUUGGAAGAUAAAGUUGGUCUUUACAGUGUUUCUGCACCAUGGCACUGCAGAAGAUAGCUGUUCCUGAAAGUAUGGAAAGUGCAGCUGCAGUUCUCUCUGUAUGAGCACAGUAGGGAUGUUCUGAGUCCUGAAGGCCAGUUGUGCUCUCUGCCGUGCUAACCAGAGUCUAACAGCCUGUUGGCAUUUCCAAAGGGAGAGAGCUCAGAGUCUCUACUUAGAAGGAUGGUGUGAUGCAGCACAACUUGGCUGGUUUUGUGUGUCAUUUUCAUGAUCCACUGAUUUUAGGAAGCUUUCUUGCUGCACCUCUGCAUCCCCAGACUGUGGGUACCAGGUCAGUAUUUUUGCAGGCAGUUUUUGUACUGUUCUGUAACUUUUGUACUCUCGGUUGCUCAUUGCAAGGCUGGUCCUUGCAUCCUUGCAGCGAUAACGCUGGAGUCCGCACAAGCAUCUCUGCAUCUUCCACCUUCCCUGUCCAACGUGCAGUGUGCUGGCGUUGCCCAGGGAGUCAGUGUUCAGUCAGCCUGAUACCAGUGUUGUGUGGCUGUAGAGGAGCCUUCUGAAGCAUACAUGGGACAACAGAAGUGGAUUUGCAGAGCUUUGCCAGAUGCGUUUGGCUACCUUGUCUCUCUUUCUAGAACAAAACUAGACACCAGCUAGCUUAAUGUUGUGGCUAAUGGAGAAAUUAGUUUACCGAGUUACCCACCAGAUUUGUGUAUCUGCAAGAAACAGAAAAGCAGCAGCAGUUUAGUUACUGUACAGUAUACCUUCUGAUGUGAAUUAGUAGUGGCAUGCUGCCUCCUGGAUUUCCCUCAGCAAAGAGCAUACUGAGGUGACUCAUGGACUAUCCAGGACAGACAGUGAUGUCUAAUGUGUUAAUUAUGGAAAGGCAAGAUGUUAGUGCAGAAAGUAACGUGGAUUGUGAACUUUGUGAUCAAGCGUGGCCAGACAUAGCAGAUGUCUUCCUGUGGGAGUGAUUUAUAGCUGUAGUUUGUAGAAAUAAGCUUUGUCAGACUUUUCUCCUUUGCCUGUCACUGCAGUUAUCCCGAUGUUUGUAGGAGAGGAUCCCCUGAGAGCCUUCUGUGUAGUAGGAUGUUGUUGAUUAAACCUUGGGUUUUUUUGUGUGCUCACCUGGUGACACCUGGCAGGGCUGCUGUGACUCUCCUUGUCCCUUUCCCAAAAGAGCAGCACAAGCAGCUGCAUAAAAUGGAGCCUGCAGCACUUGGUUUACCGGUGUCUUUAAAAAAGGAAAAAGAUAAUGUCCCUGCUGUGCUCAUCCAGCAAAGCAGCAAUGCUGGCAGAAUGAGGGCUUGGCAAUGGAGACCCAGCCCUACGGCUGCUGUGCCCCACUGCCUUCCUCCCACAGUGUGUCUGCAUUGAACAUUAACUCAGCCUCAGCCUUGACCAGCAAAGAUCCCAGCACUGGGGCAGCUGUGUGGGGUCAGUGUUUGCUGUUCUGAGCCAUAAGGUCAGAGUGCUGCAGGUAGGGAGGGUGCUGCCUGCUAAAGGAAAGGCUCGGUGUGGUGCUGCUCACUUUGUUCCUUACAGGGAAGCCAAACAGUUUGGAUGUUUUGGUCAGUUAUUGUGAAAUUGUUUCCAAACAGCAGCAGUUCUAAAUGUCAUUCAUGCAAGUGGAGGAGAGAAACCUUUUAUGUGGUUGGAAAGUGUUGUUUUGAGAUGCUAUGCAUUUUGUUGGGUUAUUGAAAACAAAUUUACUGUGCAUUAAUCUAAUGAAUGUUACUACCUUUUAUAUUUAUUUUAGAUGACUCUCCUGUAUUUUACAAAGGGAAGUUUCAUUGUGUGAUAACAAUCUGUACUCUUAAUAUAAUUUGUUAAAUAAAAUCUGUUUUAAUUGGUUUA